AACAUAAACAUCACCAUGUCCCAAGCUGUCCCCCCCUCCUGGCGCGAUCUCGGCAAGUCCUCCUCCGACCUCCUCCUCAAGGACUACCCCAUCCAGGGCACCUCCCUCGAGGUCAGGACCCUCACCCCCUCCAACGUCGCCUUCAAGGUCGCCGGCACCAAGGACGCCAAGACCGAUGCCAUCACCGGUGACAUCGAGGGCAAGUACGUCGACUUCAAGAACGGCUUCACCUUCACCCAGGCCUGGACUACCACCAACGUCCUCCGAACUCAGCUCGAGCUCGAGAACCAGAUUGCCAAGGGCUUGAAGUUUGACCUCGCCGCCACUCUCAACCCCGCCAAGUCUACCAAGUCUGCCAUCUUGACUGCCAUCUACAAGCAGCCCUCUUUGCACACCCGUGCCACCGUCGACCUCUUCAAGGGCCCUACCUUCACCGCCGACACCGUUAUCGGCCGUGACGGUUUCCUUGCCGGUGCCGAGGCUUCUUACGACGUCCUCUCUGGCGCCAUCACCCGAUACGCUGGUGCCGUCGGCUUCUCCGCCCCCGAGUACGCCGUCACCCUCCACGGUCUCGGCAACCUCUCCACCUUUGCCGCCUCUUACUACCACAAGGUCUCCAAGGACGUUGAGGCCGGUGCCAAGGCUGUCUACGACACCAAGUCUACCACUGGCGGUGUCUCCCUCGAGGUCGGCGCCAAGACCUACCUCGACAACGCUGCCUUUGUCAAGGCCAAGAUCAACAAUGCCGGUGUCCUCUGCCUCGGUUACACCCAGGCCCUCCGACCUGGUGUCAAGGCUUCCGCUGGUCUCGCUAUCGACACUACCCGUCUCAACGAGCCCACCGCUGGCCAGGCCGCCCACAAGGUCGGCGCUUCCAUCGUUUUCAACGCCUAAGGGGUUAUGGGACAAGAAAGAAAGUAAUUAUCUCUAUGCAAGC